CGAAAACAACACAGCUGAACGGACGCGUGCUUCUGGUAAACAACAAACGACAACGAACACGUUUUUUACGACAACUUGAUAAAAAACGUUUUAAUCUUCUCUUCGGUGCUCUAAUAGCCAGCCUCACACCCACUGUUUUAAAAAUAUCACGUCAGAAGUAAUCUCCUGGUAAUAAGCCACCAGAAAGACGCAGGCUACCGAACCCAAAAGGAGACAUGAAUUUAAAUGACUUUGUGGUGCUUCCCAAAGCAAAAUCUUUACAGUUCAGUGCCAGGAACCCACAAGGCCAGCAGCUGGAGACGGUGACUCUGGCCCAGCAGGGCAAUGAGCUGGAAGAGAAACUGCAAAAGCUGAAAGAGAGUAUGAGAAGAGAGAAAGGCGAGAGAGGGCAAUCAGGAAUUUUUCAUUGGAAAUCAGAACAAUUAGCAUCAAUAAACAGCAGCAGUAUGACGCAAGUCACCAAGAAAACCCAAAAGCAAUUGUCUGCAGGCAGGGUGAAGAUCCGAGUGCUGAAGGAUGAACCUGUAACAGCUCCACCUCAUCUCCCUCUGUGCGAAACAUGUUGCUGUCCCCAGACGACAACCAGACAAAGCAAAAUGAAGGGAUCAUUCUGUGGACAGGGAGACAACAGGACUGAUCAGCAGAUGUUUAUUAGGAAUUAUGAUGAAAAGACAAGAGCGGAACUAACUAAAAAGGAACCAAAGGAUGCUAAAAAGGAUUUUGCCAAAUCUCUACUCGGUGGAGAGUAUGAUGAGGAGGAGUCAGCUAGAUCUUUCCAGGAGGCUCUCAAGGAGUGGAGAAACCAAAGGUGUGAUAAUGCCAUCGAACCAGUAACAAUCUGGACUCAAACAGUAUCAAUGUCAGGUAAAGCAGCCCAAACUGACUUCCCUCCAGAGAGAGGCCAUGAAGGAGAAGGCAGCAGCAUACCCGUCCAGGUGCAGUUCCCUGAAAGAAGUCUUUCCUAUAUGGACAGGUUGCUUCUCAAGAGGUACCGCAGGUAAACUGCACGAACAGUGAAGGCGGCCAAACACUAUGUCGAAUGUCAGAAUUCAAAGAUCCAUCAAGUGGACCAACAUCAGUCAAUGUGCAAGAACAUAUGACAAAUGAACGUGAUUAAUGUUGUGUAACAAAAAUAUGUCUGAGUGUUAGAUUCAACACGUGAUUGAAAAUAAAUCUUACAACAAUUUAAUUCU